CCGACUCCCCAGCCAUGUCUCUCAAGGUUCCAAAAUCAAACAAUCUCCAGCUCUUCAAGGACGGGUACAAGCACACGCAAGGCCUUGAAGAUGCCGUCCUCCGCAACAUCCAGGCUGUGGCAGAGCUUUCAGACGUCGUUCGAACAAGCUUUGGUCCAAAUGGUCGGAAUAAGCUUUUGAUCAAUCACCUUGGCCGAUUGUUCGUCACAUCCGAUGCAGCCACAAUAAUACGGGAGAUCGAGGUUGUCCAUCCAGCAGCUAAACUACUCGUCAUGGCAUCUCAAGCGCAGGAGACAGAGAUGGGCGACGCGACCAACACCGUUCUCAUCCUCGCUGGCGAACUUCUCAAGAAGUCAGAACAACUUCUCCUUCUCGGCCUCGUACCUAGUGAAGUAAUCAAGGGCUAUGAACUCGCAUGCGCAAAAGCUCUUGAGGAGCUCGAAAAUCUCUCGACGUCAAGCCUCCCAUCACCACUAACCGCUUCCACCCUCGCCGACGCGGUCAAGCCUGCGAUCGCAUCAAAACAGUACGGCUUCGAGGACAUGCUCUCAGCCCUUGUUGCUGAGGCAGCACUCGCUGUGAUGCCGAAUGACCCCAAGAACUUCAACGUCGAUAACGUGCGCGUCGUCAAGAUCAUGGGUGGAAGUCUUGAAGGAAGUAGAGUCGUUCAGGGUAUGGUCUUCGGCCGUGAGCCGGAAGGCCUCAUCAAAAAGGUCACCAAGGCCAAAGUCGCAGUGUUCACAAGCGCUCUAGAUAUUGCGCAGACCGAGACGAAGGGAACCGUGCUGCUCAAGAACGCCGAGGAGAUGCUCAAUUUCACCCGCGGCGAGGAGCAACACCUCGAAAAGAUCUUCAAAGAGAUCGCAGACUCGGGCGUCAAAGUCAUCAUCGCCGGCUCCUCCAUCGGCGACCUCGCCAUGCACUACCUCAACCGGUUCAACAUCGCCGUCCUCAAGGUCCUCUCCAAAUUCGACCUCCGCCGUGUCUGCCGCGUCGUUAACGCGACGCCCCUCGCGCGCGUCGGCGCGCCCACGCCCGAGGAAGCCGGCUUCAUCGACGUCUUCGAGACGACCGAGAUCGGCGGCGACCGCGUCACGGUCCUGCGCCAGCUCGGGCCCAACGAAGACGGCUACGACGGCACCGCGGAGCGCGCGCGCACGGCGACGAUCGUGCUGCGCGGCGCGACGGCGAACAGGCUCGACGAUCUCGAGCGUGCGAUAGACGACGGCGUGAACGUGAUCAAGGCGCUGAUCAAGGACCCGCGGCUCGUGCCCGGCGCGGGCGCGACGGAGCUCGCGCUCGCGCGCAAGGUCGAUGCGUACGGCUCUGGGCUGAAGGGCCUUGCGCAGCACGCGGUGAAGCGGUAUGCGCAGGCGCUCGAGGUUAUCCCGCGCACGCUUGCGGAAAACGCGAUGGGCGGCGCACAGGGGAACGAGGUGCUCACGAAGCUGAUGGCGAAGCACAGCGAAGAGGGCGGUCAUGUUUGGGGCGUCGAUGUCGAGUCGGAAGAUGACGGGACGCUCCAGGCGACGCAACAUGGCAUCGCAGACCCGCUCGCCGCCAAGGCAUGGGCGAUCCGCCUCGCGACCGAGGCUGCCGUCUCCGUGCUUAGCGUCGACGCGAUCAUCAUGAGCAAGCCCGCAGGCGGACCCAAAGUCCCGCAGCAGUCGGGCAACUGGGACGAGGAUUAGGUGCAGCCAGAUGUCCAUUCGUAAUCGCUUCCUCUGCCCAUCGGUUGGCUUUGCUAUGAUGACAGCGUCAAAUUACUAUAGUAGUGCUAUUAAGUACGUGCUGAAAUGACUAGAAUUGCUCUAGGACACAGGCG